AUGGUGGUUCUCUUCCAAAACAAGAUUAUUUACAUGCCGUCGGUGCCUCCGUUCUCACGCCGAGAAAAGAUGGCAGAUUACGCCAAUAUCUGCAAACCUGUUCACUGGGAAGAAAAACGCAUACGGAGUCUUGAUGGAACCGAGGUUGCUCUCUGUGUGGGCGGCAUCGAGAUUUCUGCGGAUAGGAGUAACAAGGAGGUCAUCGUGGUCUACUUCCAGGGGAACGCUUCAUCGCUUCCGCCUAGACUACCUUCUCUGUCAAAUGUCCUCAAAGCACUUAACCAUCACGCAGCGAGCCAGCACCCCCGGACACAAUACACCAUAGUCGCGCUGUCCUACCGCGGCUUCUGGACAUCCCGCGGCCGCGCCUCGCAGAAAGGCAUCGAGCAAGAUGCAAGCGCAGCCCUAGCUUGGGUUCAGGAGACAUACGGCGGCUUGUCACGUGACAUGUCUUUGGUGCUCUGGGGGCAGAGUAUCGGUGCGGGAGUCGCAACCGACGCUGCAGCGAGGUACCUCCAACAAACUCAGUCAUCCUCUAAGCCUUUGAAUAUCCGCGGAUUGAUUCUCGAAACGCCAUUCGUUAGCGUACGCAACAUGCUGGUCGCGCUGUACCCGCAGAAGUGGCUGCCCUAUCGUUACCUGUGGCCCUUUCUUCGGAAUUGGUGGGAUAGCGAGGCGGCGCUGCGGACGAUUGCGGAAAGGAAACAGCCGGGCGAUAUGCCAAUUCUUCUUGUUGCGGCGAGUCGAGAUGAAGUUGUGCCGCCGGAUCAGGCGGAUCAGUUGGAAAAGUUGUGUCGGGAGCUUGGACUGCAAGUCCGACGCAAAGAUGUCCCUGGCGCACUGCAUACGGAAGCAAUGGCCAAGCGAGAAGGCCAGAUUGCCGUGGUUGAGUUUUUGAACAACGUGGGGACGAGCUGA